CGCUCUUGCCCUUCAGCAAGGCGAGCCGUCAUAUGACCCACGAGGCGGAGAGAGCGAGUGGUUGCCGGAGAGGAGUCGGGCCGAGGCACCGUCGCGACGGGGAGGGAAGGAGGGCGAGACGGGGAAGGAGGAGAAGACGCCGCCACCGCCGCCCCGGGAGGCCCAGACAGGGAGAGAGAGAGAGAGAGACGCGGCCGGGGCUGUAGUCGCUGCUGGUGUCCCCACCGCCGCCACCGCCACCACCACCAUGCUGGCGUUGUUGUCUCGGCUCCUGGACUGGUUCCGGUCGCUGUUCUGGAAGGAGGAGAUGGAACUGACGCUGGUGGGGCUGCAAUACUCGGGCAAGACCACCUUCGUCAACGUCAUCGCGUCAGGUCAGUUCAGUGAAGAUAUGAUUCCUACAGUGGGCUUUAACAUGCGGAAGGUGACCAAGGGUAAUGUCACAAUAAAGAUCUGGGAUAUAGGAGGACAGCCACGAUUCCGGAGUAUGUGGGAGCGCUAUUGCCGAGGAGUUAAUGCUAUUGUAUACAUGGUAGAUGCUGCAGAUCGUGAAAAAAUAGAAGCUUCUAGGAAUGAGCUGCAUAAUCUACUAGACAAACCACAGCUACAAGGAAUUCCUGUUUUAGUACUUGGAAACAAAAGAGACCUUCCUAAUGCUUUGGAUGAGAAGCAACUUAUUGAAAAAAUGAACCUGGCUGCUAUUCAAGACAGAGAGAUCUGUUGCUAUUCCAUUUCCUGCAAAGAAAAGGACAAUAUAGAUAUCACACUUCAGUGGCUUAUUCAGCAUUCAAAGUCUAGAAGAAGCUGAAAUCUUACAGAAAUCCUUGUUGGCCAUAAUCUCAACUGUCUACUCCCUCCAUGAUGAAAUAUUAUCUAGGAUAGUUCUCCUUUAUUGAAGGAAUUGCCUUUUUUCACAGUUCAUGCCUCCAUGUGCACUGCUGAAUGACUUAUACUCUUACUUCUGUCAAAGAAUUGGCUAGAGUUGUCAUGAAUUGUGUAAAUGUUUUUAUUAAGUUCAUCUAAACAGUGGCAGUGGGUGCCCCUUCUCCUAAAGCUACGUUAAAUCAAAGAGUGUUUUUCCUCUGAUCUUUGUGAGCCAGGCUUUUAUAUUUGAUUUUUCAGCAACUUUAUUUAAUUCUUGUAUUUAGUGGCUCAUUGAAGAUUCUGACAUACGGCAGCACGAGAAUUCUAGCACCACUUAUUGUACUUAUAAAGCUUUUCAAACACUGUUUGAAUGGGAUACUAAUUCUUCUCUCAGAUGCAUGGUGAUGUGUAUUGUAAAAUGGUUUGCAAUGGAAAGUACCAGGCACUCGAUAUUAAAUCACUAAUUACCUUAAAUUUUCAAUUUUUAUUCAUCCCGAUGAAUUAGAAAUGUCAAAUUGUCAAGUGUUUCUUUGUAUCUGCAGGCCAUUGCUGAUAUCUUUACAUAUGCUAAAAUUCUUAAAGGGAAUAGAGGAUAAAGUACUUCAGAAUGAUGCUUUCAGGAAUUUGAACACAAGCGGGUAAAAGAACCUAAGAGUAGACAGUCACACUUUACUCCUUGAAAUGCUUUGCGAAGUCUGUACAGCUGCAUGACACGUAGGUGUCACAGAGUCCCAGCACAAAAAAGGAAUAUUAACUGUCUAGCUUGUUCCUUCUGCUAAUGGAAUAGUUGUGCACAGUUGCAUUUGGUGUAGAAAAUACCUAGGCUAUUGUGACAACUCUAGGUUUGCCUGCUUUCUCAGUGUGUAAUCAUGUGUAAAAUUCACAGGCUGUGAAGUGUUAAAUGGUGUUUUCAAGCACAAGAGAAUCAGUGAACUGAUCUUGUUUCUCGGUCAACUUCUGCAGCACAGAUGUAUGAACUUCAAAAACUAUAACACUACUUCUGUAGCUUUACCUUCUUGGCAGUGUCAGCAUUGAGAGGGACAGACUUGUAAACGGUGGUUUUGUUCAUACAGUAAUGUUAAUGGUGCCCACUGUAUGCAUACAAAUAUAUGGUAUAUCUGCUUGUGUUGCCCUUCACUGUGUUGGUUUUUUUUUAAACAGCACCUGCACGUACUUAGAUGCUGAAGUUUUUGGAGUGUCUGCUUUACUUUCAUUCAGUACAUUUAAGGGCAUGAUCUUAUAUAAAUGUGUGUCUAAUCCAGUACAAAAUUACUACCUAAGGACAAACAUCUCAUAUUAGCAUUGCGAAUUGCAAACGUGUGAUUCCCCUUUGCUGCCUGCAUGCACAGCAAAGCUCUUCUAGCCUUAUACAGGCAUUCUUGUGUUACUUUGAAGGGUUCUCUGCCCAAAGGCCAUAGGCCAUACCUUUACAGCAACACAUGGAAUGUUUGUAAAAGACAAAGCAGAAUAAUAAAAGAGAAGGUAAAAUACGCAAAUCUUGCCCAGUUUGAAUGUGUUUAAAGCAUUAUGGGUGUAAUGUAUGGGUACUUGUACAAAAUUACAAGAACUUAUCAUAGCUGUUGGACCAAGUUAACAGCCCAUUUUGAUUAAUGCUGUCAUUGCCUUACAGUUCUCUAUAAAUUACUGCGCUGUUGCACAGACACAAGUAUUGCCUCCAUUGACAAGCGGAGCUUGCAGCUUCAAUUUAAAUAAUCUUCUAAUGAAUCCUGUGUUGUUGGUGCUGCAGAGAAGGUUCUGUAACUUUCUAUUAUAUUUCACACUGGAUAGCUACACUUGACUAGAGAGUCUCUGCUUGUGCCUAAAAAGGAGAAGAAAAGAGAAGAAAAGAAAACUCAACUGGAAUGUGUCAACCUUCCUGUGGCAAUCAAAUUACUGUUUAGGUAACUGGCUUAUUGCUGAUUUCAGUGUAAUUGGUUUUUUUGUGUGUAUACUUCACUGCUCUCAUUAUUCUGACACCCAAAAACCACUACCAACUUUUAAAUCUGUGCAUUAAUCUUGGCAUGUGAAAAACUUACAGAUUUACCAAACUAUGUAAAUAUGUGAAUUUUUUAUUUAGGUGGAUUGCAUUUUGUUGGUUUACUGCUGGUUAGCUUAUCCAAUAAACUUAUGUUUUCAGGGUCACAUUGAAA